AUGUUAUGUGGCGCCGCGCCCAUUAAGCAGACAGGAGCGGUCGUUGACCCGAUGUGCACCCUCCACCGUUAUCGACGUCAAAAGAUAUUGAUCUUAAAUCGAAACGAAUCUCUAAAAAUGGACGCACGAACGAGUUUACUUUUAAGUGUGGGAGCGAGCUUGCUGGUUAUGUGUUUGGGCCAACGUGCGGAACAGCUGCUCGCACAGAACCCUUGCUCGAGUAAGACGACGUGUAGCGACUGCGCCCGCACACCGACCUGUGCGUGGUGCUUCGCCCCCGAGUUCAAUGGUCCCCGGUGCUUUAACCCCGCCAUGGAGGGCGGCACGGCUGGAUGUGACGAGGCCUAUAUAUUCAACCCCGACAACCAACAGUCAAUAGACCCAAUGUAUAAUCGGGAACUUACUAGAGCGAAAGGGCGAAUGGGUAUGGGAAUGGAGUCGUCAUAUUAUGAAGAGUCCAUGAGCAGCAGUAGCAGUAGUAGCAGCAGCAGUAGCAGUAGCAGUAUAAAGGGCGGAGGCUUCAUGGGUGGUGCUGCCGGUGGCGAGAAUCUCGUCCAAAUCAAGCCGCAGAGAGUAAAACUACAGUUGCGAAUGAAUCAAAUGCAAAAGAUGACGUUCUCUUAUGCCCAAGCACAGGACUAUCCAGUAGAUCUUUACUACCUCAUGGACUUGAGUAGAUCCAUGAAAAACGAUAAAGAAAAACUCAGUACGCUCGGCAGUUUGCUCUCGAGCACCAUGAGAAAUAUCACUUCGAACUUCCGAAUCGGAUUUGGUUCGUUCGUCGACAAACUUGUUAUGCCAUAUGUUUCGACUGUGCCCAAGAAUUUAAUAUCACCCUGCGAUGGUUGCGCUGCGCCAUAUGGUUACAAAAACCAAAUGUCUCUCAGCAAUGACACUGAUUAUUUUGAUAAAGCAGUGGCCCUCGCUGACGUGUCUGGAAACCUGGACGCGCCCGAGGGCGGCUUCGACGCCAUCAUGCAGGCAGUUGUGUGCAAGAACGAAAUAGGCUGGCGUGAACACGCCAGGAAGCUGCUCGUCUUCUCAACUGACGCCGGCUUCCAUUACGCGGGAGACGGGAAGUUGGGAGGUAUCGUACAACCAAAUGACGGGGAAUGCCACAUGGAAAACAACUCAUACACUCAUUCCACCACCCAAGACUACCCAAGCAUUUCACAAAUUAAUUUAAAGGUGAAGCAGCACGCAAUCAACGUGAUAUUCGCUGUGACGGCGGAACAGAUCAGUGUGUACGAGCAGCUCAGCAAGCACAUCGAGGGCUCCAGCUCCGGUAUACUUAGCGAAGACUCCGACAACGUCGUCGACCUCGUGCGAGAACAGUACAAUAAAAUUACGUCGACUGUAGAAAUGAAGGAUACUUCAAACGAUGCGGUGCAAAUAUUAUAUUACUCAUCGUGCCUCGGCAGCAAGGACAAUGUUAUGCAAACGAACAAAUGCGAAGGCCUUAAAGUCGGUGAUGUCGUCGAAUUCACAGCUGAAGUUACACUCAAAGAAUGUCCUAAAGAUUCGAGCAAAUGGAAGCAGAAUUUCAGCAUUUACCCCGUUGGUGUGUCUGAGAGUCUUAAUGUUGAACUGGAAAUGCUUUGCGACUGUCCCUGUGAGCAUCCUGGACAUCAUGCGUACAACGACAGCCCGCUAGUGUGCAGCGGCGAGGGCAUAUCCGCGUGCGGCGUGUGCGUGUGCGCGCCCGGCCGCUUCGGCAAGAGCUGCGAGUGCUCGGCGCACGGCGGCGGCUCGCUGGAGCAGGAGCGCGGCUGCCGCCCCACCAACGCCUCCUCCGGCCCGCUCUGCUCCAACCGCGGCACCUGCAUCUGCGGCGUCUGCGAGUGCAACAAGAUGGAGGACCCGCUCAAGGUGAUAUCUGGUCCGUUCUGCGAGUGCGACAACUUCACGUGCGACAUGAACAAGGGCUUCCUAUGCUCGGGGCCGGAGCACGGCGAGUGCGUGUGCGGCAAGUGCGUGUGCCGCCCCGAGUACAGCGGGCCCGCCUGCCAGUGCCUCGAGGAUCAGACGCCUUGUAUAUCUAGGGAAAACGGCAAAAUCUGCAGUGGAAACGGAAAAUGUGUCUGCGGCCAGUGCGUGUGCAACGUAGAUGAUGACCGACACUACUCUGGCAAAUUCUGCGAGAAGUGCCCGACGUGCCCGGGCAAGUGCGAGGACUUCAAGGCGUGUGUGCUAUGCGAGGUGCACAAGCGCGGGCCCAACUACGCGCCCGACGAGCCGGCGCGCGAGUGCGGCGACUGCAACCUCUUCCCAGAGGUCGUUGAAGGGAAGGUUGAAGCAAACGAAACAUUGAACGAACAUUUGUGCAGCUUCUACGACGACGAAGAUUGUUUAUAUGUAUAUGUGUACUCUUACAAUGAAUCUCAACAUUUGCACAUUAGAGCACAAAAGGAACAUGAAUGUCCACGGAAGGUAUUCAUCCUCGGCAUAGUGCUGGGCGUGAUCGCCGCCAUCGUGCUGGUGGGGCUGGCGCUGCUCAUGCUGUGGAAGAUGGUCACCACCAUACACGACCGCCGCGAGUUCGCACGCUUCGAGAAGGAGCGCAUGAUGGCCAAGUGGGACACGGGAGAAAAUCCUAUCUACAAACAAGCGACAUCCACUUUCAAAAAUCCAACAAAGAACACUUUAGUGGUAUACAAAGGCUCCGCAGGUGGGUCGGCGAUUAAUCACGGCGAGGAAUUCGCGGCGGGGGCGGCGGCGGCGCGCUGCCCUAGUGCCGCCUCGGGAUCCGCGCCGCACGCCCGCCCGCCCUGUCGCCGCGACGCGAUACAUGGCCCGCGAUAUCCCUCACUAAUUCUUUAUUUGCUCGCGAUAAGGAUUGCAAAGCUUCUUAAAAAUGCAAACUCAAAGACGUUGCUACGUAAAGUAGCGAAAGCCGCUGGGAGUAAUGGUAUGGUAGAUAUUACUACUGGCAUUUGUGUUCUGGAGAAGGACAAGAAUAGUCGGUCUGAGAAAACU